CUCUCUCUCUCUCUCUCUCUUCAUGGCUAUCGAAGAUGGUGAAAAACCAGAGGUGGGGUCCACACGACAAACAAAAGCAAAGGCACCCACGUGGCAAUUUGUGGUGCUAAGAUCUCUAGCUCUAUGUGCCACUGUUUCAGCUACACUUGUAAUGGCACUCAACAAGCAGACCAAGAGCAUAGUUUUGGCUGUGAUUGGAAAUGCUCCCAUCAGUGCCACUGUCACUGCCAAGUUCCAAUACACACCUGCUUUUGUGUAUUUUGUAAUAGUCAAUGCCAUAGCCAGUUUCUACAACUUAUCAUUGCUGUUGCUUGGGUCUUUUGGGAAUAAGUUCAAUUUCAAGGGGCUUGGACUAUUAAUCACAAUCUCAGACAUGGUGAUGGUGGGCCUGGUCUCAUCAGGGGCCGCUGCAGCAGCAUCCAUUGCAGAAUUGGGAAAGAACGGCAAUUCACACGCGCGGUGGAACAAGAUAUGUGACAACUUCGGCACGUACUGUGAUCACGGUGGUGGGGCCCUCAUUGCAGCGUUCAUCGCCGUCGGUUUGUUGAUGGUCCUCAACGCUCUAUCCACCAUUAAUCUUUACAAGAAUCGAGUGGGCCAUUGAAAGCCCAGCAGUACUGAGAUGGACACAUGAGAUUGACUGUAGCAUUAUUAUCUGUCUACAUGUUUUAUUAUGUCUUGGGUUUAUAGUUUAUGUUUAUUACAUUGGAUUUGUGUCUAUGGAAAGAGUAUGAUGGUUGGAUUAAACUAUAUGUGGGGCCCAUUUGAGGAGCGGUUGGAUUUCUUCUCUCAUUGACAUGUUUCAUCUCAUGUUAUUGUUGUGCACCAAGGGGUGUAAAUGGUCUGGGCAUGGGUUGGAGUGGACCAUGAUUUGAACUGUUCAAUAUAGUCCUUUGGGGCU